AUGGCCGAAAGAAACGCCAGUCGACCAUGGACAGCAGAAGAAGACAAACUGUUACAACAGGGCGUUGAACGCUUCGGCGAGCAGGAGAACUGGAAAACAAUUGCUGUUUCGAUUCCAGGUCGAACCAACAAAGCUUGUAGGAAGCGUUGGCUCCAUUCUCUCUCUCCCAGCGUGAAAAAGACUGCAUGGACGGCUGAAGAAGACCAAAAGCUCUUGUAUUUAUAUGACCAACAAGGUCCUAAAUGGUCUGUAAUUGCUCGCCAGAUACCAGGUAGAACAGAUGACGCAUGCUCAAAACGAUAUCGGGAAGCUCUCGACCCAAGCUUAAAAAAGGAUGUGUGGACUCCGGAGGAGGACCAUAAACUUAACCAGGCUCACAUUCAACACGGCAUGAAAUGGGGGUUGAUAGGGCAAGAACUCCAACGCAGCGGCCUGGCAUGUAGGAAUAGGUGUUGUUUGACUCAACCCUGCCGAAGCGGUCAAUUACUAAAACGUGUCAGGUGGCGUCUCAUUGAACGCAAACGCGCAGCCAGAGCAGCCUUGGUCCUUGAGGGUUCAGGUCUUCGAACUUUGAGCAUUGUUACACAACGACCGUCUCAUGAAUCUGUUUCGCUCUUCCCACACUCUCAGCUGGGAAACACUUUCCGUGAAUCGAGUCCUCCGUCAGGUUCCCCUGUUCUUACUCCAUCGAUAUCCCCGCACCCAACUUCCUCUCCGAAUGUUGUGUUGUGUGGUCCCAUUCCCCAUGCUUUCCCCGAAGGACAAACUGCUACCCUGCACGAUCACCGGCUGCUUGACCUUCAAGCACAUACCCCAUCUCAUCGCCCUGGAACAAUCAAUUUAUAUAAUGACGCCCAACACUCGUUGACAGACUUUAUUCUGAAUCAACAAGACCUGGAACCCCUACUAUCUGUUAUCUUCGGACAGCCUUCACCAUGUGGGACAGCGAAUGAAAGUGUCGGCCUCCGUGAUUUUGCAAUGACAAGUGCCACGAUACAGGGCGCCACAACAGUCGAACCUCCCCAUACCGAUGCGAGGGAAGUAAGUUCUAUUGGGUUUGAUCGGUUCCAGGAUCUCAAUUCGAAGGCGAUUUUACCCAACGACGGCACAGCAAACCACUCUGAUUAUUUCGAUUCAAUGACCACCGCAAGAGAUACCGCUUCAAUCAGAGAGUCUCAGGCGGAUAUGAUUGCAACAGAUAAUACAGUCAACCAGCUGCAGAAUUUUGACCUAGAAACUUUUUCACGCGAUACCAUGACGAGCAGUGACCCAUUGAAUUUCGAAUUGGGGACUGUCCUGGCAGAUAUCGUGGACGUUCGUGCUUCGGACUUUCGUUCACACGAUGCGACAGACAAAUUUUUUGAUCUUGAUCUUGAGACUCUCCCACUCUCAUCAGAUUUCCCUUCAGAGCACUCCCGGUAUUUUCCCUUCGAAGCACUACCAGCAAAUGGUAGCAUAACCAACCAUUCGCGAGAUGUCGAUCUUGCUCCGUGUAGCCCUCGUCAAUCCAGCGAUCUUCCAGACCCUCUGCUAGUUGAUUCGUUGCUGUCUGGGCCUACCCAAUCUGGCUGUACACGAUCAGACCCGAUGCAAUUCCUGCAAUCUGACUCCUUGCCCAUUGGACCCCUAUCACCUGACCCCGUACAAUCGAAUCCUCUACGAACCCACUCACUCCGAUUUGAUUUGUGGAAAUCCUCGAAUUUUCCAAAUAUCGUGCCGCUUUUACCCAGAGAAGCAUCGUAUUCGGGACUGAACUUCAGCUCAAGUCAUGAUGAUCUGUCGUCGACACAAUCAACGCCAUUUACGACGUCGUCAUCUAUGUCGCCCAUCUCCAGCCCCGAUUCAAUGAGUCCCGCACUUCCAAACGAACAAUUACCUACCGGUCCCACACUACAUAUACAAGACUCACUAUCAAGUGUUCCGCGACGUCGAAAACCUCGGAAAACGAAGGGACCCGAUGCAGCCUCUCGGCUCUCCUCGAACCUACCUUUAUCUAGCGAUCCAAAGGUUCGGCCUUAUGCUUGUGGCAGAGAAGGAUGUUGGUCAAUUGGAGCAUCGAUGAGCAAGUCAUGCUUUGCUACCUCUAAGCAGUUAUGUGAGCACAGCAAGGGAGAUCACGAAGGAGAGCCUCUUGGAGAUAAACCAUUCAGGUGCGGCUUGUCUGGGUGUGGAAAGUCUUGGAAGUCCAUAAACGGUCUUCAGUAUCAUCUUCAACUCUCUGCGGCUCAUUUCAGAAAUGCGUUAUCGUCUCAAUUCUCUGCUCAGGAUACAAGGGGUGACCUACAAACUGACUCCGUAGACCUAUUCCCUGAUAAUUCCCACCGCACUUAUGCAUGUCUCAUGCCCAACUGCUUCAAGGCCUACCGACAGCACAGCGGUCUCCGAUACCACCUUCUUCACGUUCGUUGGCACAGUUUGCACGUUAUCUAA